CCAUCGUGGUGUCACGCUUCUUCGACGUUUCGCUCUGGAUGGUCGCCGGCAACGCGCCAAUCAACGGCCUCAACUGAGCGUCCUUCCGCUUCCCCGCACACUUCUUCGGCUUUACGGUUGGGCAGGAGCGAUGACCUCGAGCUGCACGGACAGCGGGCCCAGCAAUCAGGAAUCAGGAGUCGAUGUUGCUGGGAACCAGUCCGUCAGCGGGCCUAGCAAUCAGGAACCAGAAGUUUGUUGUGCCGCAAAGGAAGUGAUCCUCACUUGUCAUUGAGCGAGAAUCCACCGAUUCACAUUCAUGAGAUGGUACUGAUUGUCAGGCACUAUUCUCUCUUCAAAAAUCAGUGCAGUUAGUGCCCUAGCACUUCUACUUAAAGCUGCUAGCCAGUUUGUCAUGCUGGUUUGGUUCCUAUGUUUUAAGAUUCCUCGCCCUGAUGUCUUUUUUGUUCAGCGCAGGUGGCACGGCGGCGAUGGCGGUGCCGGAGAGGAGGAGGGCAAGCAGCCGGCGAACACGAAUGGCGAGGUUCAUUCAACACGGUGGAGCUCGUCGACUGAGAAUUCAACUAAUUUCAAGCUUGAAAUUGAAGAAGCAAUGGAGAAAGUAUACUAUAUACCAAGGAAGUUUUCGAGGAUUUCUUUCGUCAGAUCGUUGCACUCGGUGGAUCUUAAGGAGUGAUGUGCAAGGCAAGGCAACACAUGCAACUGAUAGGCAAGCAUCAAGCCAACAUUGAAAGGCUUCCAAAUUGCUGCCAUUGGGAACUGUUCGAGGUUGGAUUACAUCAUUCAGGCAGGUUUUAUGAUGUAUUGAUGUGCGACAGGCUAUGGAUUGAUAUUUAUUUGGUACUGCUACAACACCGAGACAACAAGAGCUUUCAUGGACAUGAAGCUGUAGCGAUCAAAGUAAUGUACAUUUUGUUUACACGAUCUGUUCUGUAUCUCAUAGGAUUGUAGUGAUUAGUGAAACUGGAGCUAUGAUAACACCAAGAUAUGGUUGCUUUGAGUUUAAUGUGCAGAUUAAAGACACCAAUUCUCACAUCCUGUAAUUUCUUCUCAUUAGGCAUCACUGAAAUAUACAUGUUAUAUGAUUUCUCCCUUUGUUAAUUUUUUAAUUUCAGGUAUAAGUUGCUGCACCAAA